GACAAUGAGGACAACUUCAAAAAGAUUCAAAAAUCGAUUUCCAGAUUACCUAAAAUCGAGAGUUCAUUAGAGAAAAAUCUUGAAAUAGGAGCACAAGCACAAAAGAACACGAAACACUCAGAUAUUACCAGAAUUUAUGAUCCAAUUACAGUGAAACAAAAAGUUGAAAGUUCAGAUUCUAUGGACAGUGGAUCUAAGUGGUUCAACAUGAAGCUGCCGGAAAUGACGGCACUGGUCAAGAGAGAUUUGCAAGUAAUUCAACAGAGAAGUGCUUUGGAUCCCAAGAGACAUUACAAGAAGGACAAGUGGAGCAUACCCAAGUACUUUCAAAUGGGAACGAUAAUCGAGGGCAACACUGAGUUCUACUCUGCCAGAUUAUCGAGAAAACAGAGAGGUACGACCUUAGUAGAUGAAAUAUUGCAUGAUGAUGAUACCAAGAAGUACUUCAAGAGAAAGUACAGUGAAAUCCAGGACAAGAAGACCAGUGGCCGCAAGGGCAAUUACAAGAAAGUGAAGGAAAUGAGAAAGAGAUACUAG